AUGUCGUAGCAUGGAGGAAUAAACACAGGUAGUAGGCCCUUAGUAAAAACUCGAUUAUGAACGAAAGAAUCUUAAAUCGAGUACAGCCUCUUCUGAUCGGAUAGGAUGGGUUUACAUGGACGAACAUUAUAUUAUUAGUCGACAUCAUUCAUGCGUAUUGCCAUUGCAUUGGGCAUGUUGGGGAAAAAUGUUGUACCUGACCAUGCUGACCGAGCCUGUCAUGGAAACCUUGGAAAUCCGUGCAAGUGAAGUUAGCUUCCAAUAUGUAAAAUAACUGGGAUUUUUACACAAGUCACGCAGCGACCCCAAUAAAAUGGAGCCUCUAAAAUCAUCAGACAAAUCUGGCAGGCAUAACCCACGUCGCAAUCACUCCCGUCAUAGGCACAGACAUGGUGAACGUGAGCCCAAAGACAAAAUGAGGGACACUUCAUAUGAUGGCAGGGACAGCAGGCAGUCACGUAGACGCAGGGCAGACAAAAAUGAUGAUUCUAGGUCCAGAACCGAGAAGCAUCCCAGCCGGGGUCGAAUGCCCGAUCGCCAAAAGGAUAAGAAAAGAGCCUAUCAUUCCUCCUCCUCAAGGUCGAGACACAGGAGCAGAGACGGAACUAGAGCUUCAUCCACAAGAAAGGGCCCUUCAAAAAGAAGUGAGACGAAACGUGGGAAGAAACGUGGGAAAAAACGCACAAGGAAAGGAAAGGUUUCCAAAGCUUGGAAUCUCUAUGGGUACACUGCCGAUGACAUUCCUGUGCCUGAGAAAUCAAGCAGGGAUGUUGAACAUUCCAGCAGACAAACUGAUCCAAAUGCAGAUGAAGGUUUGUCUAGAACUCACCAAUGGGAUGAAGAUAGGACUUUGAGACUGCAAGACUCUAGACACGAGUCUGGAAAUUGUUCUUCAAAAGAACACCUUGAAGUAGAGAAAUCUUCCAGGGACAACGAUGGCAUGUUUGACUGGAAGAGGCACAGACGGGAGCUGGAUGCAAUAUUUUUUAGGGAUGACAGUAUUAUCAAAAGGAAAUCCGAAGAUUACCAUGAUUUUUGGAAGUUUCUUGAGCGCUACCAAGCUUUUCAAUUCAAGCUGAGUGCCAGUCAGCCACAUCGAGACGAGAAUGAUGUUGAAGACAAGGAAAAAUCUGUCAAAUCUGCUGUUCUCGGAUUGCCGCUGAAAUAUGACAAGAGACAGCGAAUCAAUAUGACACUGAAGUUGAGAGGAGUGGAAGAAGCAGAAAGACGAUCAAAGUGGUUGACAAGCAAGAAAGAUGAUGAAGAUGAGUUAACCACUGAACGCAUCAAGGAAUUCAGCAAGGUGCUGUUGUAUUAUGUUGACUUCUCUCAAAAGCAGCAGUUUGCCAAGCUGAGCAAGCUACUUCACGACCGAGCCAACCUGCCCAUAGCCCGCUACCAGGACAUGAUCGUACAGGCAACCAGGGCCAACCAGGUCGUCAUCGUGGCUGGGGACACUGGCUGCGGAAAAUCCACACAGGUGCCACAAUACUUGAUGAAGGCUGGCUUUGACGGCAUAGCCUGCACCCAGCCUCGCCGUAUAGCUUGCAUAUCCCUUGCCAAACGGGUCGGCUACGAAACGCUACACGAGUACGGCAUGGAGGUGGGCUACCAGAUCAGGUUUGAGGCCAGCAAAAGUUCAUCUACCAAGAUUCUGUUUCUCACUGAGGGACUACUCCUUCGUCAGCUGAGCUUGGACCCCACCCUCCAGCAGUACAACGUCAUCAUCUUAGAUGAGGUGCACGAGCGUCAUCUCCACGGUGAUUUCCUCCUGGGGGUCCUCCGCUGCCUUUUAGAGCAGCGAGAGGACCUCAAGCUGGUCCUGAUGUCGGCCACUAUCAAUAUCGGCCUCUUCUCUAGCUACUUUGACAAGGCGCCGGUCAUCCAGGUUCCUGGGCGACUGUUCCCCAUCAAACUGGAAUAUGUUCCCAUAAGUAUAGAGGAGCAAAGCUCAAAGUCGGAGAAACUGGAUCCCCGCCCCUACUUGCGCAUAAUGCAGCAGAUUGACAUGAAGUACCCAGCUACGGAGAGAGGGGACCUGCUCAUUUUCCUGAGCGGUAUGUCCGAGAUAUCCAGCGUGACGGAGGCGGCGAAACUCUACGCGGCAAAGACGCAACGGUGGAUUGUGCUGGCCCUGCACAGCACGUUGUCUGUCGCUGAACAGGACAAGGUGUUUGACAUAGCCCCAGAAGGUGUUAGGAAAUGCAUCGUGUCAACCAACAUUGCAGAAACGUCAGUGACUAUUGACGGAAUUCGUUUCAUCACCGACUCGGGUAAAGUGAAGGAGAUGAGCUAUAAUGCAGAGGCCAAGAUGCAACAACUGCAAGAGUUUUGGAUCAGCAGAGCCAGCGCCGAACAGCGGAAAGGAAGAGCAGGACGUACUGGGCCCGGUGUUUGCUUUCGUCUCUAUGAGGAGUCUCAGUACAAUGAUUUCCAGGAGUACUCAACGCCUGAGAUCCACCGAGUCCCGCUGGACUCACUGAUUCUGCAGAUGAUGGCACUGGGACUCCAUGAUGCUAGAAAAUUUCCCUUCAUUGAGCCUCCCCCGGCGACAAGCAUCGAGAGUUCCAUCCUGUUUCUUAAGGAGCAAGGAGCCUUGACCAAGGAAGAAACCUUGACUCCCAUUGGCCGACUCCUUGCCGAUCUGCCCGUCGAUGUCGUCAUCGGCAAGAUGCUCAUCAUGGCAACCGUCUUCAAGAUGAUUGAGCCAGUGUUGUGUAUAGCAGCAGCUCUGAGCGUUCAGUCUCCGUUCACAAGCAGAGCGCACAGGGACUCAGAAGCAAUGACAGCACGGCGCCCCCUAGAGUCUGAUCAUGGUGAUCCCUUUACGUUGCUCAAUGCUUUCGAUGAGUGGAUUCAGGUCAAGGCCAAAGGUCAACCAUCACGCAAGUGGUGCAAGAGGCGAGGCCUAGAGGAGCAACGCUUUUACGAAAUGUCCAAGCUCAAACGUCAGUUUGAGGAUCUUCUCAGGGACCAUAAUCUUGUGGAGCGACUGAGUGACCCGUCAGAUAGACGGUACAGCAGUGCUGAGAGAUACAAAAGGAACUUGGAGAAAAAGAAGUUGAGGGAUCUCAAGAAAAAAGAACACAGUGGGCCCAAGAAACGUAAAUAUCUCCGCUUGGGCCAAGAGGACUUGGAUGCAAGUGAUGAGGAGGAGGAGCAGCCAGGAAGUGACCUGAAGAGCCUGGAGUUCAAACUGACCCACAACCUCAACCGCCUACAGACCACAGCAAGCCUGAAUCGCAGCUUCACACUGAGGGAGUUGAAUCUCUUGAAGGUGAUUCUGUGCAGUGGACUCUACCCACAGCUAGCUAUCGCCGAUGAUUGCAAUAGCUAUCGCAGAGAGUGCGACCAAGUAUUCCAUACCAAAGCCAAAGGGUUUGUACUACUCCAUCCUACCGGUGUGUUUGCCAACAAUCCGUCCGCUCUUGAGCCGCCAGAGGAGAAGGACGAAGCUGGCAAUUCCAGUUCCAGAGGGGUGAGAAGCAGCAGACACCAGCUGAUUGCCUACGUAUCAUUGCUGGAGACAAACAAGCCAUACCUUGUCAACACUAUGAGGGUACCAGCUUUACAAACUGUCCUGCUGUAUGCAAACUGUCUGGACACCAACCAAGCAUGCACAAGAAUCGUAGUUGAUGAGUGGAUUGAGUUCACCAUCGAUGACGCUGACACGGCGGAGCACGUAAUGUCAGGGGUGAUUCAGCUGAGAGCUGCCUGGCUCCAACUGCUGGAAAUGAGAUUACAAGAUACCAACCGGUCUCAUCAAGAUGACAUCACCGAUGCCAGUAACCUGAGGGUCCUUCACCAGGAGAGACUAUUGUCCAGCAAGUUGGCCGAGUUCCUGGACUGCCAUGUCGAGUACACCAUGCGCAAGCUGGGCUCCACUGAACUACAAAACCUGUACAUUGGCCCAAACAAAGGGCAAGGAAGCCAAGAUGCCUUUUUCACAUCUCAGAGCAAGGACGGUAGACCCCAUCCAACAAAAGGAGGAACACAGGUCAAUGACUACCUGACAUACGGCUGUUUAUACAACGUUGCCAGCGAUCCUCUGGGCGAGUACAGCUCAGUCGUCCGUCGUCACUGGACUUGUCCCCAUUGCACCGAGACCUUGAUCAUCACGACUCUCGAGAAACUGCAGCACGAGGCAGAAUGCCUGCAACACUCUCAAGGUGCCAAAGACGAAGCACAAGUUGCUGCAGAGAAGACCCUGAGUAACCAUGGCAACAGCAGUGGCAUGGCAACACUGAGGCGGCAGUAUCAGUGUCCCACCUGCAAUGAAGAGUUCUCCUUCACAUCAUCGGAGAUUCUGAAACACAAGAGGAUGCAUGCAAAAGAAACAACAGCUGAUGAAUAACACGUCUCAAAUCAAAAUACCAUAGGUCACUAACUAUCUGAUCGUAAUGUGAAAUUUGGAUUCCCCCAACAACAAAAUAGAUUCCUACAUGUACAGGGUGGUUCCAAAAAAAAAAGGAUAUCCACUUCUGACAGCAAUUUUCACCUACUUAGUUAACUUAUUUCAAUCGUUUCUUCAUAGUAGUAAAGUAUAGCCCUUUGACCAUGCAUGCUUGAAAAAGCUCAGUAUGCUAAUUUGAAUACAAGUCACCAAAAUCAGUCUUGUCCACAUGUUAUUGUAUGUAUUAAAUUGGGUGUUUUUGUAGUUCACAAAAUUUAAAAACCUUGCCAAAAAAAUGUUUUGACCUGGUAACUUUUAUUGAGGCUGUCCGAUUAUUCAUCUAACCAAGGAGUUUUUGGCUUAAGUUCAUGUUUCAUAACAUUACAUAACAAUAAAGAAAAAGAAGUAAAACCAACAAUCCUUGUUUGCAGCAUGCUAAUAUUUUGUCUUCAAAUCAAGCUCCGGUAGCUGAGCUUGGUCAAUCGGAUGGAAUGUAUACCUCCAUGGACAUACAGGUUUCGCACAUGACUCAAACUACCAUAGCUCAGGGACAAAACAUGCAAUAGCAACAAGUUUUUCGUCACUUCUGCAAAAAGGCCAGUACUUUAAUAGCUUCUAAUCCAAAGUUUAGAGUAAUUUAAUAUGUUUCAAAUAAUUAGGUGAAAAUUGCUGUCAAAGGUGAAUAUCCUUUAUUUUGAACCAUCCCAUAGUUUAUCAGUGCAAAAUACAAAAAAAAGUAUGGGGAAACAAUACAUAGGUGAGGAGCGUUGGUUAUUAACAGAUCCCAAUAGGUCAUCAUGAUCUGUCAACUUGCAGAUUGUCUCGGCCACAAGUCACAUUGCCUGAAAUAAGAUUUUUUAACCAUAAUAAAAUUGUCAUAAUUCUUGUCCAUUGA